AUGAGUUGGGAAUCACAAGAAGAUCCAACGAAUAUCAAAAAAUGGUCAUCAAUGAAAUCCCAAAUAAAGAAAUGUUUUGAUAAUCUUAAGUUUGAAUACAUUUUAGUUUGCGAGCCUAUUUAUUCUAACAUUAUGGAUAUAACCAAAAUCACUCCAAUUCAUUCUGAUACCGCAGAAGAAACAGGUAAAAAAUGUUUAUUAUUUUUAUACAACUAUGGUGUAAAAAGUGGUAAUG